UAGGGAGGGAAAAGGUUGAAGCUUUUUUCUUCUCCAAAUCCAAAAAAAUAAAAAAUCUCUCUCUCUCUCUCUCUACACUGUUGGCUCUUUGGAUUCCUCAAAUGGGUUUGUGGGAGGCCUUUCUCAAUUGGCUCCGUAGCCUCUUUUUCAAGCAGGAAAUGGAGUUAUCCUUGAUAGGACUUCAGAAUGCUGGAAAGACUUCUCUUGUAAAUGUUGUUGCAACGGGCGGAUACAGUGAGGACAUGAUCCCUACGGUAGGAUUCAAUAUGAAAAAGGUAACCAAAGGCAACGUUACAAUAAAGUUGUGGGAUCUUGGUGGUCAACCCAGGUUUCGUAGCAUGUGGGAGCGAUACUGUCGUGCAGUUUCUGCUAUAGUCUAUGUUGUUGAUGCUGCUGAUCUUGAUAACUUGAGCAUCUCAAAAGGGGAGCUUCAUGAUUUGCUUAGCAAAUCCUCACUUAAUGGUAUCCCAUUGCUGAUCCUGGGUAACAAGAUUGACAAACCGGGAGCUUUGAGUAAACAAGCUUUGACUGAUGAAAUGGGACUGCAGUCAAUUACUGAUAGAGAAGUAUGUUGCUUCAUGAUCUCAUGCAAGAAUUCCACCAACAUAGACUCGGUUAUUGAUUGGCUUGUAAAGCAUUCCAAAUCAAAAAGCUGAGUGUCUUCUUCUCUUUGGCUUUGAUUUCUGUGUGCUUAUUACAAAUUUUUAUGUAUGGGUUGUUGGUGGUGGGAUUCACUGGUCUAACUUGAUUGCAGAUUGGUCUAUGUGUGUAAUUUUUCCCUGUAUCAUUUCUGAUUGCAGACUCUGGGGUUGUUAUUUUGAUCUUAAUCUACCUUCUUCCCCAGACGUCUGCCUAUAUUCAUAAUUUCUUGGUAUCGGAAUUCAGAAUUGGUGGAAAUUUGGAAACCAGCA